CCACUGAUCAAGCGGGAUUGACAGGUGAGUACUCAUGUGCGAUAAAGACUAUAUAGGAUCGCUGAAUUAUGGACUUCGCCAUCAGUGACCUCGACCCGUAAGGCCACCAUCCUGAGUACUUCCACUGCAAUUACGAGACCGACCGACCUGAGCGAGAGUUCGGAACCCGAUGGAAAAGGCAAAAAAGCUGCGAUCGCGCUCGGGACCGUCUUUGGCUGUUUCGGGCUGAUCGGCCUAGCGCUCCUCGCCUGGAUUAUCCGCCGACGGCGCCAAGGCAAGAAAGUGCCGAGCGGGUUCUUGCUGAAACCUUUUGGUGGAAGACCUGCUGGAGGUAGUAGACGGGCUUAUGCAAUCUCAGGGGAAGGCGCACAGGGUCUGAUGGAUGACCACGUUUGGGACGGGUCGGAAAAGGUGUUUACCCCGAUCAAGCGAGAAAGCAGGCAGUCGGAUUGGUCGCCUCCAGUCCCGGCAAAAAAUUAUACCGCUUCUGCCAACCCGUAUUCUCCUGGCCAUCCGGCAUUAUUGACAAACCUUAUGGGCAAGCUUCGUAACGUUAGCGGACGGGCCGCACCGCGUUUCGAUAUUCUGGCAGACGAGGACCGUUCUGACAUCUGGAAAGCCCCACGAGAAAUAGAGGUGAUCGGACACGAACGCGAGACGAGCGGCAGAACUUCCCAAACCAACCAUUCGCAGAGUAUGGAAUCGGAGGAAUUCAGGAUUCAUCAUCCUGCGGUUCCUUCUAGCUCGACGGGCGAUUCUGAUCACGCCGUCGAGGGCGUCUUGACGACACCGGUUACCGCAGGAAUGUCUCAAGCUAGGCGUAGAGUCAGUGGCAAGACUCUGCCCGAGACACCUCUCAGGGACCCGUUUGAGGAUCCCAUCGAAAAUUAUUACGACACCGGGAUCAUGGAUUUCGUCGAUGGCCGCUCUAUCGAUCAGAGUUCCAGCUCUUUCAACUCGAGAGAUUCGGUUCGCAAUUCGGUCGGCACGGCUGCCAUUGAGACGGCGACGAAACUGGAACUUUCUAGCACAACAGCUACCCUCCUGCCACUGAAAAGGAACGAAUCGUUGAUGCGUCGUUUGGCAGGAGCGGGAGCGUCCUUCUUUGGAGCAAGUAGAGCGAGCCGUACCUCGUAUACCGAGAUGGAAGGCUUCCUCGACCCUACGCCUCCACCAGGAUUGGACCCUAUAGCCGAAGGAGCGGGUUCGCGACAAUCGGCGUCGGGAUCUACCCAAAGAGAUGUUACCGCUCCACCGGAACCUUAUCGCAAUCAGAGCUACACUUCCAUCGAGACCUCGGCAACGGCGACAAGCGAUCUCCUGGCCAAUUAUGGUAACAUGCAGAUCAUUCAGCGUGAGAGGACGGCAUCCUCAAGACAGCCCAGUGCAACCAUGGAAGAGGCUGAUCUCGGGGACGUUUUCAUGGCGCAAGCCACCGACAUUGCUGCUAUCCGACCAAGCACACCGAGUCGAAGUAGUUCACCGCGACCUCGAGAGGUUGCCACACCCAAAGGUCCACGUGCGGCUCCGCUCCGGCAUCCGACCCAUAUCGACUUGACACCCAGGAGGACAGUGAAAGAUUUGGCUGCCUCUAUCAACCGGCGGGACUUUGCCGUCGACGCGCCCGUUUUGCCCACACCCAGUCCGCUACAAGCCUCAACUGCUGCAUUCGCCGCCACAGCGCCCGUAAUGCACUCCCCUUAUCGAGGCUUAGGUGGAGCGAAGGGGCCCAGACGGCCUACCACCAUGUACGAAGUAGCGAGUCGCGGGACUUUACAGGUAGCCAAUCCCGAAUAGAGGCGUGUCAUUUCAUUAGGAUCGUAGGCAGAUGCCCGAUUUUGUAAUCAAUACCCUUGCUUUCUCUGCACGACAGGACAGUUAUCUCAAGAUCCAC